CUGAAGAACAUCUACCCAGUGGAUCUGUUGCAGAGAAAGAAAUAAAAGAUGGCUGAUGCUACUGCAAUACCCGAAAGUCGUUAUCAUGUUCGCUCCAUUAGCAUGCCCUCCCGAUCCCAUCCUACUGCAACCAACGUUGAAGAAGAGCUUAGCAAGCUUAGAGCCUUAGAGUCAUUGUCAACAGCACAAUCAGGAUCCCCAUUGAAGGCAGAGUCGAUCAGUGUUGCAUUAUUGGGCCUUGUUGAGUUGUACAAAAGUGUGGAGAAUUUUCUUCAGAUGCCCCAAACACAGCAGACCUUGGUCCACCAUCAACUGGAUGGAUGGGUGGAUGAGUUGAUAGAGGGAUCUGUCACAUUGCUGGAUAUAGGCGGCACUACAAAGGACAUUUUGUUUCAAAUGAAGGAAAAUGUCCUUGAUCUUCACUCGGCACUUCGCAGAAGAAAAUUUGAGGGUUUGUUGGGUAACAAGAUUGCAACAUGCAUUUCCUUCAAGAAAAGGGUGAAGAAGGAUGUUAGCAGCUGCCUUAAAAUGUUGAAACGUCUGGAAGAGAAGUGUGUAGCCUGUCCUCUCUUAAAUCUUGAUCAUGAAUUAACAAUGGUGGUUAGGAUCUUAAGAGAAGUCAGCAGUGUUGCAAUUUCUGUCUUCCGGGCUAUUUUGUCAUUCUUGUCAACGUCGAUGUCAAAGCCAAAGGUGGGUCGAUGGGAUUUUGUGUCAAAGCUGAUGCACAGAGCAGUAGUAGCUUGUGAUAGCCAUGACGAGACCAUGAAUGAGGUGGAAUCUGUUGAUGUUGUACUCUUCUCCUUGUCUCGCUGCAAUCCAAGCAAAGAUGCCGAGGUUGAGAGUUCACAAAUGGCACAGAAAAGGUUGAUGGAUCUGGAGGUUAGCCUAGAAAGCCUCGAAGAGGGUUUGGACUUCCUGUUUAGGCGCCUGAUACAGACCAGAGUUUCUUUGCUCAACAUCCUCUCCCACUAAAGAUUCUUAACAGUUUUGACCAC